UUCCGUUAUAGAGAUAUCGAGAGAAGAGAUACAGAGAACAUCUACAAAAUUCGCUCUUUGCAGCUUCCUUCAUUCUUUCUUUUGGGGGUUUCUGCUAGCGUUCGGUUCAAUAUACAUACAUAUAUUGCACAUUCCUUUUCUCUUUUCCUUCUUCCAAUCCAAGAUUUCUUUUCAGAAUUUCCCAAUUAUUGUGCAUCGUCUCUCUCUCUCUCUCUCUCGAUGAGCUGAUUUCGCCAAAGAUUGGUUUUUUAGAGAGAUCCCAACGGCCAAGACUGUCUUCCAUCGUCUCUGUGACUCGUGGGUGAACGAACGGUCGAAAAAGAUCUCCGAUCGCUCAAGAAGUAUCGACCCUAUUCCAAGUUGAUCUGUCGAGAUCUGAAGAUUCAGAUUUAGAUGAGAGAGGCGGUUACAGAGAGAGAAAGAGAAAUGUGUAAUAUCUCUAGGGUUUUCGAGAAACUGCAUGCCAUGGCUGAAGGCGGAUCUCAUUACUGUUCGAAGAAGACGGACGACAUCUGCUGCGAUACUCGCGAAGAGGAAUCAAGUAGAUUCUUAAACAUGACGAGACUGAGAUGUAUCUUAAGAGGACUGGAAUUGAAGACGAUAAUCUUUCUCUUUGUUAUGAUACCUACAUGCGUCUAUUUUAUAUACAUUCACGGACAGAAAAUCUCUUACUUCCUUCGUCCAAUAUGGGAAUCCCCACCAAAACCCUUUAUCGAGCUUCCACAUUACUACGACGAGAAUCUCCCAAUGGAAAACCUCUGUAAACUACACGGUUGGGGAAUUCGCCAAUAUCCCAGAAGGGUUUUCGAUGCUGUCUUGUUCAGUAACGAGAUAGAACUUCUAACCAUAAGAUGGAAAGAGCUAUACCCAUUAGUAACAGCUUUCAUUCUACUCGAAUCCAACUCCACUUUCACCGGAAAACACAAAUCCCUUUUAUUCGAAAAUCAUCGAAAAGAGUUUGAAUUUGUCGAGCCAAGGCUGACAUAUGGAAAAAUCUCAGGAAGAUCAAAAAAGGGUGAAAACCCGUUUGUUGAAGAGGCUUAUCAACGGCUAGCAUUAGAUCGUCUGAUUAAACUAGCUGGGAUUCAAGACGAUGACUUAUUAAUAAUGUCGGAUGUCGAUGAAAUUCCGAGCAGAAACACUAUCAAUCUAUUGCGAUGGUGUGAAGACACCCCUCCUGUCUUGCACUUGCGGUUGAAGAACUACCUUUACUCUUAUGAGUUUCCAGUGGAUAACAAUAGCUGGAGGGCUUCUGUUCAUAGGUAUCAGUUUGGGAAGACGAAAUAUGCUCAUUAUCGACAGUCGGACACUAUCUUAGUAGACUCCGGCUGGCAUUGCAGCUUUUGUUUCAGACGGAUUGAGGAGUUUGUAUUUAAGAUGAAAGCUUACAGUCAUUUUGAUAGGGUGAGAUUCUCUCAUUACUUGAAUCCGAAAAGAAUACAGAGAGUUAUUUGUGAAGGAACGGAUCUGUUUGAUAUGCUUCCGGAAGAGUAUACGUUUAGAGAGAUCAUCGGGAAGAUGGGUCCUAUUCCUCGCUCUUACUCGGCCGUACACCUUCCAUCCUAUCUCAUUGAAAAUGCAGAUAAAUAUAAAUAUCUUUUACCUGGUAACUGCUUAAGAAGAGGAGACGAAAGUGGCUAAAUUAUUCAGGUUUUGGAAAUGCAUUUAAUGUGAGUUAAGUGUUUGUGUGAGUGUUGUUUAUAUCUGUAACAAUAUGAUUUGAGGCCUGCUUGCCUGUCUAAAUGGGUGAAUCAAGAACUUGGAAUUUUGAUGGGCCAAGAAAUCUAUAUAAUUGAUUAUUCAUUACAGA